AUGAAUACAGUCAACAUCCCCACCAAACCCUACCAGGACCAGAAACCAGGCACUUCGGGCUUGAGAAAGAAGACCAAGGUCUUCAUGGAACAGCCUCACUACACCGAAAACUUCAUCCAGGCCAUCAUGGAAGCCAUCCCAGAAGGUUCCCAAGGCGCCACUUUGGUCAUUGGUGGCGAUGGCCGCUACUAUAACGACAAAGUCGUCCAAUUGAUCGCUGCCAUUGGCUCCGCAAACGGCGUUCGCAAACUCAUUAUCGGCCACAACGGUAUCCUCUCCACGCCAGCUGCCUCCAACGUCAUCAGAACGUACCACGAAAAGUGCACCGGUGGUAUCAUCUUGACCGCCUCGCACAACCCAGGUGGUCCAACCAACGAUUUCGGUAUCAAGUACAACUUGGCCAACGGUGGGCCAGCCCCAGAAUCGGUCACAAACAAGAUCUGGGAGCAAUCCAAGCAAUUGACCUCCUACAAGAUCGUCGAGAACUUCCCGCAAUUGGACUUGUCCAAGUUGGGCGAGAACCAGAAGUACGGCGACUUGCUCGUGGACGUGAUCGACUCCACUGCUGCCUACACGCAAUUGAUGAAACGCAUCUUCGAUUUCCCAUUGAUCAAGCAAUUCCUCGACUCGCAAACCGAAAAGGGUUUCAAAGUGCUGUUCGAUGCCUUGAACGGUGUUACGGGGCCCUACGGGAAAGCGUUGUUUGUAGAUGAGUUGGGGUUGCCCGAAUCCGUUUUGCAAAACUGUACUCCAAAGCCAGACUUUGGUGGGCUUCACCCAGACCCUAACUUGACGUAUGCACAUACGUUGGUCGAGAGAGUGGACCGUGAGGGAGUCCAGUUCGGUGCUGCCUCAGAUGGUGACGGUGACAGAAACAUGAUUUACGGUGCCGGGCCAGCGUUUGUUUCGCCCGGUGACUCUGUUGCCAUCAUCGCCGAGUAUGCGUCUGAGAUCCCAUACUUCAAGGAACAAGGUAUCUACGGGCUAGCACGUUCUUUCCCUACAUCUGCAGCCAUCGACCGUGUCGCCAAGGCCCAUGGUCUCUCGUGUUACGAGGUGCCUACAGGGUGGAAGUUCUUUUGUGCACUAUUCGACGCAAAGAAGCUUUCCAUUUGCGGUGAAGAAUCGUUCGGGACAGGGUCCAACCAUGUGCGUGAGAAGGACGGUGUGUGGGCCAUUGUCGCUUGGUUGAACAUCUUGGCCAUCUACAACAAGCACCACCCUGAGAAGGAGGCGUCGAUCAAGGCGAUCCAGACCGAGUUCUGGCACAAGUACGGGCGCACGUUCUUCACGCGUUACGAUUACGAGCACUUGACGAGCGAGGAUGCUGGUAAAGUGAUUGAGUUGUUGCGCGAGUACGUUGCUGAGCCCGAGAAAUUGAAGGGGACCAAGUUCCCAGGGAACGAGUCGCUAACCGUUGUUGAAGGUGGUGACUUUUCGUACACGGAUUUGGACGGGUCGGUGUCGAGCCACCAAGGUUUGUACGUGAAGUUGAGCAACGGGGUGCGUUUCGUUGUGAGACUUUCCGGUACCGGGUCAGCUGGAGCCACGAUCAGAUUGUACGUGGAGCGCUACACGGACGACGAGUCCAAGUACGAGCAAACUGCAGAGCAGUUCUUGGGUGCAGACAUCAAGGCCGUGAUCAAGUUUUUGAAGUUGAAGGAGUACAUCGGCACAGAAGAGCCAACUGUGAGGACAUAA